AUGGAUGAUCCGGCUUUUCAGGUUAUUGUUCUGGGCCCGACUGGAGGGCCAAAAGAGGACGCUGUCACAGGACUUUUGGUCCGGUCAACUUCAACAACUUGGUCCAAGAGCUCCGUCGUUGCGGUAGAUGCAGGCACACUUCUUGCUGGUAUUGUCCGCAUUCUGGACCAGACUCUCGCCAUCGAUGAAGAGGGUAGAGCAGUCGUGAAUGAUGGACCAUUUGUAGGAUUGCAGCUGCCUCACAAAACGUCGCACGCAAACGCUGCUUACAUCUUUCGCGAGGUGAUUGCCUCGGUUCUGAUUACGCAUCCUCAUUUGGACCAUGUUUCUGGGCUGGCCAUUAAUACGCCCAUUGUCGAGGCAAGUAAUGGACCCAAAACAGUCGCGGGUCUUCCAUCUGCGAUUUCGGCAAUGAAAUAUCACAUGUUCAAUGAUAUAAUUUGGCCGAAUUUGUCUGAUGAAGAUGGUGGUGCUGGUUUGAUCACAUACCAACGACUCGUUGAAGGUGGAAAUCCGCGUUUUGGGCGUGGAGAGAGUCGGGGUUAUGUGCGCGCAUGUGAUGGUCUUGUCACGAAGUGUCUCAGUGUGAGCCACGGUCGGUGCAAGCAGCCGUAUGAUGCAGAGUCUGGAAGGCAUCAUCGGAUUGGCAGUUCUGUAUUUGGACCUGAUCAAAUGGUCAUGUCCAGCGCUCGAAACUUGUCAAUUGAUCAAUCCGAUGGAGCUAUGUACUCACCAGCACGUUCUCCACACAUUGGAUCAGGCUUAAGAGCCACCCCGUCCAAAGACACCACCAACUGGGGCGUCGUAGAAAGCUCAGCCUUUUUCAUCCGAGACGACAACACCGACAAAGAGAUCAUCAUUUUUGGCGACAUUGAGCCGGAUUCAAUAUCCUUGGAGCCUCGAAAUAAGCGUGUAUGGGAGAUCGCUGCUCCGAAGAUAGUAAGUGGUUCACUACGGGCUAUUUUCAUCGAAUGCUCCUACAACGACGCAGUCGACGACGAGACUCUUUAUGGCCACUUGUGCCCUCGCCAUCUAAUUGCAGAACUGAAAGUACUCGCGAGCAAAGUCGAAGAAGCGAGACCCGACAAGCACCAAGAGAAGGAUCAAAGACGGCGAGGUCGAUCUAGUAAACGCAAAAGGAAAGACUCUGAUACAGCAGAUUAUGCGCGCGAACAGCCCGUGAGUCCGCAUUCAACGCGCCAAGUUACGACUCAUCUCGCGAAACCGAGAGACAACAAUGGCGACGUAAAUGUUAAGUCGCCCAUGUCAGGUAGUCGUGCCAGAGCAUCAACGCAAACACCGGAUGUUGUCAAAAACGAUGGCGACGAUGACAACAACGACGCACUUAUGACAGAUCGACCGCAAUCGCGCCGCUCGAAUGCUCAAAAAUUAAGACCCGUUGGUAUUGACGACGAUCCGGGAGAUGACACCGAAAAGGAUGACGAAACGGCCCUCUCAAGACCGAGCGUGCAAUUGACAGACUCGGAAACCGGAUCGCCGCCCUUGGCAGGUUUCAAAGUUUUUAUUAUUCAUGUCAAAGACACGUUGAUGGAUGGUCCGCAUCCGAGUGAGCGGAUACUACAGGAGUUGCGUGCACAGAGUGAGGAGGCCGGGCUUGGCUGUGAGUUUCAUGUACCAUUUCAAGGGGAAGGGAUUCUCAUUUAG